CGUUUUGAGGUUUAGCACGUCCAUUCUCAUUAGUCACUCCGUUGGGAUUGAGGUCACACAGACAGAGUGAGAGGAAGUGAAGAGUGACAAAAAAUGGCAAAAUCGUCGGCGACCAGAGACGCCCAAGCUCUUUUCCAUUCUCUCCGUUCUGCUUAUGCUGCCACUCCUACUAAUCUCAAGAUCAUUGAUCUAUAUGUCAUGUUUGCCAUCUUCACUGCCUUAAUUCAGGUGGUAUACAUGGCUUUUGUUGGAUCGUUUCCAUUCAACUCUUUUCUCUCUGGGGUGCUCUCUUGUAUUGGCACGGCAGUCCUUGCUGUUUGUCUUCGAAUCCAAGUAAACAAAGAAAACAAGGAAUUCAAGGAUUUGCCUCCGGAACGUGCUUAUGCAGAUUUUAUUCUCUGCAAUUUAGUGCUCCAUUUGGUGAUCAUGAACUUUCUUGGCUAGAUUGAGGCAUCAAAUAUGGAAAAUAUGUUACUUUUACAAAUAUUGGUGAAUUAUAUAUGCAAGGAUAAUACUGAGUCAAUCGUGAGGAUUUUGUUAGGGCUUUAGAAAUAUUAAGCUUCUCGUGCGUGAAACUAUUGCGCCCUUCUCUAUCAUUUGUGAAUUCGAUAGAAUAUCAAUCAGGUAGACAGACUUUGGCCCAAAUUGGUAAGAAAGAGAACUUUUCCGGUAUCAAUUUUUUUUCCUUA